AUGUUCUCCCUCCUGGUCAUUGCUGUGCUCUGCACCAGCUGCCUGGCAGCACCAUAUGAUUUGAGCUCCUUCUCUCUUCCUGUUGGAGGUAGCAGUGGUGAUGCCUUCUACACACAAGGAGACGGAAGGAUCAGUGGAAUUCGGGUCUGGGAAAAUCGAGCUUCUUACAUUACAGGCCUUCAGGUACGUUACGGUACCACUUGGUCGCCCACUAUUGGACGGGAAUUAGGAACGGCACAGGAACUGUUGUUACAAGGUCAUGAAGCAAUUACUCAGGUCUCUGGAAAGUACUCCACCAGCUACAUCUACCAACUGUACUUUGUGACCUCUCACGGACGCAUCCUGGUGGUAGGCCAGCCAGCUCAGAAUUCCUUCAACAUGUUCCCUCAGUACCGAGGAGCAGUGCUCAAGACUCUGCAUGGACGCGUCAACAGUGUAGGGAUCACUUCUCUGGGAGCUCAGUGGGGAAUUUCAAGGCUGAAGUCUCUGAGUCUCGAGACAACAUGUGGAGGCAGCACUGGGGCCUUCAUCCUGCUCCUUUCUGCCUUCACUUCCUCCUUCAGUGUUGUCUUCUCCGCCUCCAUCAUCAAAGAUGUGGAACAUCCAGCGCAAGACGUCCGGCCGACAUAG